GAGAGAGAGAGAGAGAGAGAGUGAGGUCCGCGUUAAUACGGUGGACGGCGCACGCUCCUGCGCUCUCGCAGCGCCGCCGUGGUGGGGCGAAGCGCAGCCGCCGCCGCCGUGGUGGGGGGCACGUGUCACCUGUCGCGACGUCAGUGUGACGGCGACCGUCGGCGGUGCGGCUCGUCGACACGCGUGCGCGACUGUUUGCACAGCUGAUCCGUGGUAACGUGGUGAGAGGAAACGCGCGCAUCGUCAUCUCGCCAUCGUCGUGAAUCGCCGCCCGCUCACUCGCGCGUGGACGCUGAGACGCGUGAGCGCGAGUGGCGUCCAGCCUCCUCUCCACCUUUUGCAAACCCCGUCGUCGCCGUGUGUCGGCGCGCGCGUGCCUAACGCGCGCCGCUCGUUCCUCGGACCGUGAAUGUGCCGUCGCCUGGCCGCCGCGAGGCCGAUCGUCCUCGGGAGAAUAUGCGUGCGGCCGGCCGCCGGUGGACGACGACGGAUCCAGUUAGGAGCGCCAGCACGACGGGCCAAGACGACGAGGUCGCGCUGCACGUGACUGCGGCAGUCGCGCAGCUUCCGGCGCAGUGAGUGAAUUGAGGAGAAGAGAGAUCAGCGCGUACGUUUUCCGUUCGUUCCGUGGCUUCGGGAGGGUAGAAUAGGUUAUUACGCGCGCGCCACGGUGUUGCGUGGGCGUUGUCGUUGUUAUUGUUGUCAUCGUCGUUAUUGUCGACGAAGGUGCUCCAUCGUGCGCGCGGAGUCCAGUGUGACGCGGUGAUACACGGUGUGUUGUAUUUUCUACGCGGCUUACCACUCGUGUCCGCGUUCUUCGCGUGUGCCGUCGAGGAGUCGUCCCGGCUCCUCCUCCUCGUCGCCGUUGUCGUCGUAGUAGUCGUCGUUCCCUCGCGGCUCCGCAAGACUGCGAAUCCUGGCACGUACCGAGCGUCGCUGUGACACCGCUGCGAGGAGAAGAUGAGGCGUGCGAGCCACCGCGUUGCCUCCGGGAUGCACCCGUUGCUGUCCUGCUGGUGCGUCGUCGCGAUCGUCACCUUCGCCUUGGCGGCAUGGCAGGAGAACGUCAGGCCGAAGAUGUACGUCCAGCUAGGUGCGGAGGAUGUGUUCAGGUUUACGGGAAACGAGACGCACACAGACUACUUUCGGCUGGUGCUCAGGGACGGGAACUAUCUUUUGGUCGGCGGAAGAAAUCUGGUGCACAACCUCAGCCUGACCGACUUGACGGAGCAACAGAGGCUAACCUGGUACUCGACGGAUAACGACGUGAAAAUGUGCGUGGUCAAGGGCACGCCCGAGGAGAACUGCCAAAACUACAUACGCAUCCUGGUGAAAACCGGGCCGAACCAUCUGUUCGUGUGCGCGACCAACGCCUUCAAGCCUAUGUGCCGCGAUUACACGGUGCUCGCGGGCAACUACUCGAUGGUGCAGGAGAAGGCGGGCCAAGCGAGGUGUCCGUACGAUCCGCAGCACAACAGCACCUUCGUCUACGUGGACGGCGAGCUCUACACCGGCACGGUCGCCGAUUUCGCGGGGAUGGACCCGAUCAUCUACAGGGAGCCGCUGCAGACCGAGCAGUACGACUCGAUGAGUCUGAACGCGCCGAACUUCGUGAGCUCCAUGUCCCAAGGAGACUUCGUCUACUUCUUCUUCAGAGAGACUGCUGUAGAAUAUAUCAAUUGCGGCAAGGCCGUGUACUCUCGCGUAGCGCGAGUCUGUAAAUACGACCGGGGCGGACCGCAUCGCUUCCGUAACAGGUGGACAUCCUACCUGAAGUCGCGUCUCAAUUGCUCUGUCACCGGGGACUUCCCCUUCUACUUCAACGAGAUACAGUCGACGACCGAGCUGAUAUCGGGCCAAUACGGCGGCACGUCGGCGCAACUGAUAUACGGCACCUUCACCACGCCGGUGAACAGCAUCAGCGGCUCGGCGGUCUGCGCGUUCUCCCUGCAGGACAUCGCCGACACCUUCAACGGGAACUUCAAGGAGCAGACCGCCCUGAACUCGAACUGGCUGCCGGUGCAGGACACGAAGGUGCCGGAUCCACGGCCCGGCCAGUGCACCAACGACUCGCGCACCCUGCCAGACUUGACGCUGAACUUCAUCAACACGCAUUCCCUGAUGGACGAAUCGGUGCCGAGCUUUUUCGGCCAGCCGAUCGUUAUACGCACCAGUUUCCAUUACAGAUUCACCCAGAUCGCCGUGGAUCCUCAGGUGAGGACACCUGGCGACAAGACCUACGACGUGCUCUUCAUCGGCACAGACAACGGCAAGGUGAUUAAGGCCAUCAACGCCGAAUCCGCGGAUUCUCAUCAGAAGGUCAGUCCGGUCGUGAUCGAGGAGAUACAGGCGUUUCCCUCCACCGUGCCGGUGCGCGGCAUCAAGGUCGUCCGCGCGUCCGAGGCGGGCGACGGUCUCGAAGAUGGCCGUUUGGUCGUCAUCGCCGACAGCCAAGUGCAGGCGCUGAGGCUCCAUCGCUGCUACAGCGACAGGAUACUCUCCUGCGGCGAGUGCGUCGCGUUACAGGACCCUUACUGCGCCUGGGACAAGGUGGAGGGCAAGUGCAGGGCGCUGGUUGGACCGGCGGCGACCGACGCCAGCAGAUUCCUGCAGAGCGUCGCGACGGGCAUACACGCGUCCUGCCCGCCGAGCAAAAGUCUCAACAAGGACGCCGGCAGCGUUGGCGCCAUCUCCGCGAAUCAAAACAAGUUCCCGCUGGACUCGAUGAUACCGAACAAGGACAGCCAAGGGGGCGAAAUCAUCAAUAUCAUGCAGGACGAGGAGCAAGAUAACUCAGGUCCAGAAGUGUCCGCCGCUGAUACGCCACCGCCGCAAUACUCGGUGGAGACUCUGGUGAUGGCUGUGGUGGCCGGCGCGGUGUUCGCGCUGUGUGUCGGAUUCGUGGCGGGUUACAUGUGCGGGAAGAAGUGCAGGAAAGACGAAGACGACAAUCUGCCGUACCCGGACACGGAGUACGAGUACUUCGAGCAACGGCAGAACGUGAACAGCAGGUUACCACCGGAGCCGAAGCUGUUGCCGCAGGAGGAGGUGACCUACGCGGAGCCGGUGCUGGUGCCGCAACCGCCGAAACUUCAGUCCCCCAAGGGCACCAUGAGGAAACCGCCGCCGACACCCACAGAGACUCUCUUCCAGUUCCCGGACGGCUACGGCUUUCGCGGCGCCAGGGACAACUUCGGCACCCUGCGCUCCCAUCAGGGGGACGCGUACCGCCGCAACGACGGCUUUGCGACCACGCGCAGCGUCAAGAAGGUUUAUCUCUGAGAAACGAGCGAGGAGGGGGGCGGCCGUCACCGGAGCUUAGGACGGCCAACGCGCAAUCGCCACAACGCGACGACAGCCGGCAGGAGUAGUCGCGCUGUGACGUCCGGGGGACAGUCGAAUCGCGAACUCGCCGGCCCGAGGGCACUGGAAUCGCCUUCGCCGUCGUCGAGUGUGUCGUCGAGUUCCCCGUCCCCUCCCUCCUCGUCACCCUCGCCUACCCUCGUACCGAUCGCCAUGAGUGGCAACCAGCCGCCGCCACCGCCAACGCCACCCUGCAGCUUCAUCUAUCGAUCAUAGUCGUCGUCGUCGUCAUCAUCAUCAUUGUCGCCGUCGCCAUCGUGGUCGUCGUCGUAUCCUGCUCUGACGACGCGAGGGCAUGGAGAGAGAGUAAGAGGGGUAGAAGUAUAGAGACCGAGCGAGUGUUCUUACAGUCCUAGUGCGCGUUCACACCAAAAGUGUACAGCGGUAAAAGAGGAAGAAGAAAAAUCGCAAAAGGUGAGAGAGAAAAACAGAGAAAGGAAGAAAGAGAGAGAGAGAGAGAGAGAGAGAGACCAGGCCGGAGAUCUCGCGGUGCUUCGAUGGAUGCCGCGGCACAACUCUUUUUCGUCGUCUUCGAUCAUAUCGAAUACUUUGUUCCGCGCGCGGUUUUCGUUUCGACUCCAAACGAGGUAAUUCGUUGCUUUGUGGUCGGUAAGAACGGUAGGUCAAAAGGACGCCCGGUAGUAUUUCGUUCUUCGGCGCCGAUCGAGUCUACAUAGACGCGUUUGUAUCGUUUGUUUGCACGACGGGACUCGACUCGGCGGCGGAGAUCUCCGUAAGAAGCAGAAACAGAAAAAACAGAAUUCGAUCUCGCGCGAAUUUCGAUCGUUCAGUCGCGAGCGUCGAGUGUCGAGCAGCCGCGACAUGACUGCACGGCUGACUCGUCGUCUUCGCUCCUGCCCCCUCCCCUCCCCCACAUACGCACACGCACGCACGCACCACACGAGUCACGCAGCUCUCACGCAGCGUUGUGAGAAAUAACAUCUCGUAAUUCCCGCGUAGGAACGACAUUCCAGCCGGAGGUGGUUCCCGCAUUGUGACCUCGCACGUCGAGCACGUCGGUCGCUCGUUGCCGCGCGCGCACACACACACACACACACACACACACACACACACACACACACACACACACACACGCG